AUGUCGAAGCUGCUAAUGUUCGUUGUUUUGGCUGGACAUGCUGUGGGGCAAAAACACACAUCCCAUUGGAUCGUGAACGGUGGCCACUGUCAGAUUCAAGGAUCUUGCGUGGUGCCUCCUGCGAAUGCUUUUGGUCAAAGAUGCUCCUUCACCUCCUUCCUGGAGCCCGGCUGGGCAGUGCGAGGCUUCAACACGACGUCUCCACAACUUGUUGAGAAUCCUCCGCAUUACUAUUGGAUGGCCGCUCCUGCGGGCAGAACCACUCCAGAGUGGAAGUAUUGUCUCCUGGAAAGCUGCGCGUUGGCCACGUGCGACGCAGGGCAUUUACUCCGAACCGAUGCGGCGGAGAUCGUCCCGGUGAACCAAUCGGACUGCUGCGAAGCGUCCUGCGGGCAGUUUCCAUGUCCUUCGGGCUUUACCUUGCGAGCAGAUGCCAACACCACGGUCGCACACGGCGAGGGAACAUGCUGCGAGCGCUUGUGCAGCAGUUUUCAUUGCCCGGCAGCCUUCGAACCCAUUUUCAACGCACACCUCGUGAAGGGGGACCGCGUCUCGCAGUGUUGCAGGAAGCUGCCCGAGUGUCAGAUGAAUUCCAACUACAAACCCGUGGACAUGGCCGGCACGAAGCCUCGCAAGGUCGAUUCAGCUGCCCAAUGCUUUGAACUCUGCGAGAGGACUCCGUUUUGCUCGGGAUUUUCAUGGUUUAGAGACAGAAGCUGCCACCUUGCGGACGCCAAUGCAAGCUUGCAGUUUAGCGCGCACAGUGCGAGUGGAAACCGCUCUUGCUAUGCGAAACUGCCGGCAGCUGAGAAGAAAGCUGCGACCAAGGGACAGUUCUCGCGAUCGUAUUGCCAGCGCCAGCCCAAGCGCUGCAGUGGCCGCAGAUUUGAAACCGUUGGCCCUCGAGUGUGGAACGACAUGAAACACAGUGUCACGCGGGGUUUGGAUGUCGUGGAUUGGGAUGGCGAUGGUUUCUUGGACCUGGUGACUGUCUCAUCAUCGGAACCAGGGACAGAGUUUGCAUAUGCAAGCCUAGACUUGCACAUUCAACUUCACAACGAUCCUCUCCCAAAAGGCCACAUUACUUUGGAGGAUUCUGGGGAGUUUGUCAGUCGACCGCAGCUCUCGAUCUUUGAUUGGGAUUCGGACGGCAAAUUGGAUGUGCUCAUUGGGAUGGCGUCUGGGCAACUGAGAUUCUUCAAGGGCGUUGACCCACAACUCCCGCCCUCUGCCAGAUCGGCCACCCUUCACCACUUUCAGCCUGCAGAAGAGCCGCACCCCUUCACUUCGAUUCAUGGCCACAAUAAUUCCGCUCCAGCAAUGGCCUUGUGGAACGAGGACGAAUAUCCAGACUUGGUGUUGGCUCAUGCCUGUCAAGUCGAUAUUUUCCUUGGAAGUGCUGAUGGCUCCCUACACUUGGCAUACUCUCACUACUUUGAUGAUGGAAAAUGCCGUUUUGUUCCGACCGUUUGGGACUGGGACAGUGAUGGUAAGCCCGAUCUGAUCGUUGGAGAUGAGCAGGGGAAGCUCCACUUGUGCAAAUCGGACUCCAUGGAGCAAUUGCAGUGCUCCCAGGAGGAGUUCAAAAUAUUGGGCGUGGGAAGUGAUGCUUCACCAGCUGCGUGUGAUUGGGACAAGGAUGGCGUUCCAGAUUUGUUUGUCUAUGGCAAAAGCGAGCUGGUGGCAAAGCCUUACUGGUUUCGACGCAAUGAGUCAGGCGUGGCUGUGAUGAACCCUGCACAUCCUUUGGACGGCAUUGACUUGGGGGACGAUGCUGUGCCUACUUUGGUGGAUUGGGACCGUGAUGGAGAUUUGGAUCUCAUUGUUGGCAGUGGCGAUGGAAGAGUGUGGUACUUUCCUUGGCACAAUGGAAGCUUUCAUUCGAUGAAUGGUUUGGAUGGUCCUUUUGCGCAAAUAGAUGUUGGAUCCAAGGCCGCGCCUGCAACUGUUGACUGGGAUUUGGAUGGUUAUCCAGAUUUGGUGGUGGGCAAUGGAAAAGGGAGCUUGGCCUUCUUUCGUGGAGGGCCGGGCAAAAUUGAUCCUGCAGGUGUGGAAGAAAACCCGUUCUAUUUCAUUCAGACUGGGCUUCAAGUCGCCCCAGCUUUUGCCGACAUGGAUGGAGACGGUGACUUUGACUUGGUGUUUACAAGCGGAAAGUGGGAAAACUCAAACUCCGGCACCUUCUACUUCGCUAACCACAAUGGAGAAUUGGUCCCUGAACUGUCACCCAUUGAGCACGUGGACCUCUCCCCUUUGGCUGGCUCUGUCCAGGCCCCUUCAUGUUUGCAACUGGUUGAUUUCGAUGGGGAUGGAGAUUUGGAUUUGCUGACCGGGAGCAACUAUGACACGACUGUUUGGUUUGUGGAACAAUUCGAAGAUGGCACCUUCUAUCACGCACAGGGGGCAAGCAAUCCUUUUGGUGCAGGAAUGAUAGGUCUUUCACCCUGCCCCGCAUUGGGUGACAUCGAACUCGAUGGAGUGGGAGACCUCGUGGUGGGCGAUCAGCAUGGCAUGCUUUUGAUGUUUCAGCACCAACCCACCCAACGUUUCGGCCUUGGGGCCAACGUGGAGGAUAGUCAACACCACCCUCUUGGUUCUCUCAAUGAACAGAUGUGGGGUGCACCUAGAAAACCUACGGCUGUUGAUUGGAAUGGGGACGGCCUACUGGAUUUGAUUGUCGUCGCCGAGACCAUCGAGCUUUUAUUCCAAACGGAUGACGGUACAUUUUCACCUGCGACAGCAGCACCGUUCGACAAGAUCCUCAAGAACAUGCGAGGAGGACAUUAUCCAGGCACGCUUCGGAGUGUCGAUUGGGACUUCGAUGGUGACAUGGAUUUGGUGUUGUUUUGUGAGUCUGGCGUAUUCUUCUUCGAGCGGAUGGGCGAGGAGCUGGCAGCGCCAAAACAACUUGUAUUUAAUUCUACUACUGCUCCUGAAGGUGUGAAUUUGGGGAUCGUAUUCAGUGGUGACAUAGUCGACUGGGAUGGUGAUGGAGAUUGGGAUUUGAUUUUAUGCCCUACGUUUUCAAAUGUCAUCCUGCUCGCGCUUCAAGAAGACAAUGAGUUCCGAAUUGUGCCUGACGCUGACAGUCCUUUUCGUGCAGUUCAAUUCGUAGGGUCGCAGGCCGUUAUAACAAUUGCUGAUUUGGAUGCUGACGGCUACUUGGACAUGCUUGUCGGCACAACGACGGGCAAGAUAUCCGUAUUUCGGCAAGACUCUUCACAUGCAUUUGUGCACCAAGAGGAGUUCGAUGUGGAACUUCCAUCGGGCGGGCCAACUGGGCCCGUAUUUGGUGAUUAG